UCCCACUCUCUCUCUCUCUCUUCUCCUCUUCUUUUCCGACCUUCUCUCUCUCUCUCUCUCUCUCUUUCUCUCUCUAUCUGAGAUUCUGAGUACAGAAACAAAACAAAACAAAAGUGAUUAAUUAAGAUUAAUCCAAGAAGAAAAUCCAGCAAUUAAGUACGUAACUUAUGAAUGAAAAGACACAGUACAAGUACCACUCGAAAAGCAGUUUCCUCCUCCUGGGUUGCUUCUCUCCUCCCCCAGAGGCUUCCAUAGCCGCGGCGGGGCCCAAGUUAUGAAGGGACCCAAGGGUUUUGGCCGUAAGAAGAGACCCCCGCGCGACGUCGUUUCCUGGAACACCUUGUUCUGGUGCACCCUCUUUGUCAUCAACUGCGCCCUCUUCUCCGGCUUCACCUUCUCCACUUUCCGCUUCCUCUUCGGCAAAACGUUUCAUCCGGUACUGCUGCUAACAUGGCCAGCUCCACCGAACAAAACCGUUUCCGUUCGAGAAGUCGUUAUGUUUCCCGAUCAGGCGCUCGUUUUCCUAAACUACCCUCCCGCCGCCGGCUUAUUUACCAAAGACGACCUCCACUGCGUCUACUUCUCAGCCAACGAGUCCUCCUCGUCGUCCUCCUCCCAGCCCCGGUUCACUCAGCCCCCGGUUGACAUCGACGGCGACGAUCGCCACAAUCAGGUCGUGCGGUGCCCGCUCCAGCCACGUGGUUUAACAGUUUCUGUUGCGUUGAGACCAGACGACGAGGUCCCGGCGGUUCCCUCGUACAGCUGGGACUGGCUCGCCUACGACGCCCUCGUCGACCGCGACGACACCACGAUCGUGUUCGUGAAGGGCCUCAAUCUACGGCGGGAAAGAGUUUCCAACGCCACCAAAUUCGAGUGCGUCUACGGCUGGGAUUUCAGAACCACCAGAUAUUUACUGAGAGCCGACGUCGUUUCGAUCGCUCAGGAGAUCGUGCGGUGCAGAACCCCCAUAAGCGUGUUGAAUUUUCCACGUGGCGUCAAUAAUUCAGUCAAGGUCUCCGUUCGAGUGAAAGGUGGUGGAGGAAUACUACCCUCCAUUGCCCGCCCCGGGCUCCGACCCGUACUUGCCAACCCGCCCCGGCGGAAGCUGCACGAGAUGUGUUUGUGCUCCAUGGUUCGAAAUCAGGGUCGGUUUUUGAAGGAAUGGGUCAUGUACCACGCCCGAAUGGGGGUUCAACGGUGGUUUUUAUACGACAACAACAGCGACGACGACUCUGAUAUCGUAAUUGAGUGGCUACGACAAGCAAAUUACAAUGUCACGAGACACGUAUGGCCUUGGAUCAAGACCCAGGAAGCCGGGUUCGCCCAUUGCGCCCUACGAGCCCGAGAGACAUGCCAGUGGGUCGGAUUCAUAGACGUGGACGAGUUCUUCCACAUGCCUUCGGGGCUCUUGAUCCACGAUGUGCUCCGCAAUCAGUCCAAUUACGGUUACAUUGGAGAGAUCCGAGCCUUGUGUUACAGUUUUGGGCCUUCCGGCCUCAAACAACUCCCGACACAAGGUGUAACGGUGGGUUACACAUGUCGGAUGGGCGGCCCUGAGAGGCACAAGAGUAUAGUGAGGCCGGAGGCCCUAAACUCGACGAUGAUCAACGUGGUGCAUCAUUUUCAUCUUAGAGACGGGUUUGAGGCCGUGAAUGUUGAUAUGGGGGUGAUGGUUAUCAAUCACUACAAGUACCAAGUGUGGGAAGUGUUCAAGGAGAAGUUUUAUAGGAGGGUGGCGACUUACGUGGCUGAUUGGCAGGAGGAACAGAAUGUGGGGUCCAAGGACAGGGCCCCGGGAUUGGGGACGAGAGCCGUGGAGCCACCGGAUUGGUCACAUAGAUUCUGCGAGGUUAAGGACACAGGGCUUAGAGAUCGAGUGCUGCAGGAUUUUGUCGAUCCGCGCACCCGUCUUUUGCCGUGGCAAGAGGAGGAUGAUGAAGUUCGAGUGGAGGUACAAUUUCAACAACACCGACAACACGAACAACAGGAACAACGAAAGUUAAGGAGUAUGAUGAGAAGGAGAAGAGCGAGGAGAAAGCAGAUAGUUUGUUUUGAGUUUUUGUAGAGAAAUGGUAAUUAAGUAGGUGGAUUAAUUAGUUUGUGCAUUACUGCGUAGAGAGGAUUAAUCACACGAGUUAGAGAUGAGGAUAUUGUGCAA